AAGUCUACUGAAACAUUUCUUAACCAAUUUUUACUAAAACCUUUAGUAUUUUUUAUUACGACUACUAGAAAUAUAGAAACUUUACACAGACGUCGAAUGGCCACAGGCAUAUAAUACAACAACAUUCCGCAAUACUGCAAGGCAGUUCAAAAUCCUACAAAUCAAUAUACACUAUUGAAAGUACAAAAAUUCCAUUGUAAACAUUUAAAUAAAAAUAAAAAAAUUAAAUCAUAAAUAAAAGGUUAAAAACAUGACGGAAACUAAUGCAUUUAAUAAUGAUGAGAAAUCGAAAAGAAGUCGGCGGCACAGUAGUCGUCGACACAGCACCAGCAGCAGCGUUAGCAGCGGCAAAGGUGGUAAACGGCACCGCGCACGUAAAGGUUGCUCAAUCGGCGCAUUCAUUGGUCAACUACUCUUCAAUUUUAUUAGCAAAAUCAUACGCCUCAUAUUCCAACUGAUCUAUGGUGUAAAGGGUGAAACUAUGCCUACCAUCACUGAUCCCGUUUUGCUCGAAUCUGCCACAUCGCUAGCGCGUAAGAUACGCAAAAAGGAGUUGUCGAGCGUGCAAGUAAUGGAAUCAUUUAUACGCCGGAUUAAAGAUGUAAAUCCGAAGCUCAAUUGCUGUGUGGACAAUCGAUUUGAUGAGGCGCUGAAAGAGGCUGCCGAAGCUGAUGAACUCAUCAAAUCCGGCAAAUACACCGAGGAGGAAUUAGAGAAGACGAAACCAUAUUUGGGUGUGCCAAUAUCAACUAAGGAUUGCAUUGCGGUGAAAGGUCUUCUGCACACUGCCGGUCUGUAUGCACGUAGAGAUGUGCGCGCUACUGAAGACGCCACUGCCAUGUCAUUGAUGCGACAGGCAGGUGCUAUACCCUUCGCGAUCACAAACAUCUCGGAAGUCUGCAUGUGGUGGGAGAGCAACAAUGUCGUGCACGGACGCACGCGCAAUGCAUACGACUCAAAUCGCAUUGUCGGUGGUUCAAGCGGCGGUGAAGGUUGCAUACAAUCAGCAGCCGCUUCACCUUUUGGUCUUGGUUCCGACAUAGGCGGCUCUAUACGCAUGCCAGCAUUCUUCAAUGGUGUGUUUGGUCAUAAACCCAGCAAAUUAAUCGUUUCCAAUAAAGGCCAAUUUCCAAUGCCGUUCACCGAUGAGCAAAACUCGUUUUUAGGUAUUGGGCCUAUGUCACGUUUUGCUGAGGACCUAAAGCCCAUGCUGCGCAUUAUUGCUGGCGAAAAGGCCAAGGAAUUGCGUUUAGACGAGCCAGUCGAUUUGCAAAAGGUACGCUUCUUCUAUCAGGAGAGCGAUGGUGGCGGUCGCUUGGUUUCGCCUGUGGACCCCGAUCUUUUGACUGGCAUGCAACGUGCCGUACAACAUUUGCGACAGAAAUUGAAGCCUGUUUCGGUAGAAAAGGUACAAUUGGAGCAAUUUCGUCAGUCGACUAUAAUUUGGUUUGCCAAUAUGAAGGAUGAUUCAGGCUAUACAUUCGCACAUCAACUGGGUGAUCUCAAAGUCGCUAUAAAUCCUUACUUGGAGCUGGUAAAAUGGGUAUUCGGAGCUUCCAAGCAUACAUUUAUUGGUUUGAUAACCGCAAUUAUGGAUAGAACGCAAGUGCAAUAUGGUUCGAGCAAAUACAAGCAUAUGGUCAAGAAGCGUGAUGAAUUGCGUGCCGAAAUGCAAGAGCUACUUGGCGAAGAUGGUGUUCUUCUCUAUCCUACACAUCCUACCGUUGCACCAUACCACAAUGAACCCAUCUUCCGACCCAUCAACUUUUCCUAUACAGGCAUUGUAAAUGUAUUGGGUUUCCCCGCCACUGCCGUGCCUCUGGGGCAACUCGGGAGCGAAGGUGUGCCUUUGGGCUUACAGGUGAUUGCCAAUUUCAAUAACGAUAGGCUGUGUCUGGCAGUUGCCGAAGAAUUGGAACGCGCUUUCGGUGGUUGGGCGCGUCCCGAAGUGAAAGUUUAAAAGUAGUUCUAAGCUUGCCGAUGUCACAAGAUUAGUUAAUAUCUAAUUAUAUAAUGUUAUACUACCUAUAUUACUUAUGUACAUGUAAAGUUCUUAAAGUGAGGUUUUGUUUUUAUAUAUGUGUAAAUAUUUGGAACAACGCAGGCAUAGAUAUGCAUACGUACAUAUGUUAUGAAAAGAAAUUAUAUUUUUUAUGCAGAUUUAAUGAGAUUUAUGCACGCCAAUUUGUAUGUAUUUAUGUGUACGUGUGCAUGUCGAAUUGUCUUUGAUAUACAACUUAAAUUAUAUACGACUCCAUAAGUAAGAUGUAAUUUAAUGAAUACAUAUAUACACGUAACUUUACAUCCAUAUAUACAAGUAACUGUUAAGCAUUUAAAUGCGUUAAAUAGACUAACAUGUUGGUAUUGCAAUAAGUUACCAGUAAACUGUAUUUAAAUAUAUACGUGAAUUUGUUUGUAUUAAAGUAAAUAUUUUUAUAAAAUAAAAUAUGUAUGUGUA